AUGAUCAUCUUCUCAGAAUCCAGGCUCUGGUUUGGCAUCUUCUUGGGGGCUGUUGUAAUUCUGACCGUUCGUCAUGCUCUCAAGCAUAAGGUUGGAUCACUUCUUACAUCCCAUCAGCAAUUCAAUCACAUCCUAUUCGAUCUAUUCAGGCCUCUAUUUGGGAUUCUUUAUCUUAUCCGCGGCCCUCAGAUCAUCGACAAUGCGUACAGGAAGGCCAAUGGAAAACCCUUCAAAAUCACUACGCCUUCAAACGACCACCUGCUGAUCGCAUCUCCCGAGAUGAUCAGGGAGAUGAUUGCUGCGCCCUUGGAGAGUCUCUCGCUCCAUGCAGUGGCAAAAGAAAUUCUGCAGCCAAGAUAUACCAUGUACGGCUUCGAAUGGCAAAAUCAGCGGGGAGUUGAGGGCACAGGAUUCGUUCGCGCCCUACGCAGCCUGCUGACAGCGCACUUGCCCGCGUUCCAACCCGAAUUUGAGCGUAUUUUGAGAUCCAAUUUCAGUAUGGAGCUCGGCAAACCAGAUGACGAUGGCUUCGCCCGCGUUCAGCUUUUUCCUAUGAUCAAGAGGACGGUCACAAACGUCAACUGCUUCGUGUUCUUUGGCGAGGAGCUUUGCAAGAAUGAGAGGUUCACGAAGGCUGCGCUAGAGUUCCCCCAGGCUGUCAUAUUCGCCGCCGAACUUCUGCGCAUCACCCCAAAAUUCAUGCGUUCGUCGCGGCCGCAGCAACCAAACGGCACAGAGCUGCGCGGACGAUUUUCCACCACUUGGAACCUGUUGUCACGAAACGGCUGCAAGCGCGCAAUGCGCGUCACCAGGCAGGCUAUUGAUUGCGUGCAAUGGUUGAUAGAUACAUCGCCGCGCAAGAUGCAGUGGUCGCCUGCGCGGAUGGUGGGGGAGAUCAUGGCCGUAUGGUUCGGCUCUGUACAUCAACUUGCCAUGACUACAACCUACGCCAUCGAGGAUUUGUGUAUUCACGACGACUGCAUCGAACCGUUGCGUGCCGAGAUUACUAAGGCUCGCGCUACAUGUAAAGAACUUGGAGGCAAGGCUUUGGACGUGGAGAAGCAGCUACCGCUGUUGGACAGCUUUCUCAGGGAAUCGAUACGCUGCAACAAUUCUGAUGCAGUAACCGGCCGUCGCAAGGCUCUCAUGCCUUAUAUAUUUAGCGACGGAACAUCGACACUAGCUGUUGGUGACUGGGUGUGCGUACCGCAGCGGGCUUUGAUGCACGAUGCUACCCGUUAUCGCAGCCCUGAUGUCUUUGACGCCUUCCGAUUCCUACGGGCGAAUCAGCAGCUUGAGAGAGGAGAAAUAUCGUGUCGCGAUGUCCCGGGUGAUACGCCAUCCAGCCUUACCACAGCCAGCAUUGAUUGGCCGAUAUGGGGAUUCGGUAACACUGCAUGUCCUGGCCGGUUCUAUGCUUCUAUGGUAGCCAAGCUCGUAAUGGUCCAUGUGUUAGAAGAUUGGACGUGCAGGAUGGAGGCUCCUGAAGCGGCUCGAUCCAGAACAUGGAGAUCGUCAGUUGUGCCUCGCAGUGAUACCAUCGUUGCUUUCAAAAGGUGGCGACAACUUGCCUAG